AUGGAGCAUGCAGUGGAACCACCGCAACCGCCAAUAAAUCUAAGUAAAUUCCUAGACGAAUUUAAAAAGAGCACUUCAUCAGAAGGCACUGUGCCCUUUUACUUUGACAAGAAGUUAUCCUUCACCGAGGAUGUGAAGGCCAGUUGCUCUUUGGACCUGCUCGCCUCUCCAGAUGACAAUUUAAUUACCAACUUUGAACCAGGCACGGAACUGCAACGCUCCCAAGCCCCAAAGCCGCAACCAAAUAAACAUAUACCCAGAAUCUACACAGCCAUCAGUGAGCAUAAAGCAAGUUCACGACGUAAUCCAUUUUCCCGAACUCAAUAUAGUUAUCGCCUAGUGCCGGAACCGAAGUCCAAUGAAGCUGUGAUACUUGAGGAGUUCGAACUUCAGAUUACAGCUCGCAUGUAUAGACCACCACGUACCGCACAUCGCGACUACAAGCUGGAGCGUCCUGUUUUUGCCGAGGAAUUCCUCUGCUUGGGCUCCAACUAUCUAAGCGAGUUGCGUGACAAAAUCAACUGCGUUUGCAAUGGUCGAAGGUUGGUGGACAUAAGCGACCAACCAGAUGCGGAAUUGCCAGUGCUGGACACUGAUCCUGCUUAUUUUUUCAUUUACAAUACAUUCUACAAUGACACACGCAAUCCCAACAAUUGUGAUUAUUCGCAAACCGUCUUGAACUGGGCGAAGACUGCACACGGUCUGCAACAGAAGCAGUUCCAGGUGGCGUCCAUGGAAAAGACGAGAUUCAUAGAUCUCACUGUGAGUCUAGGCGCACCUAUGCAAUACCUGCAUCACGGCGCCUGCGAGCAUUUGUUUGUGUUCUCACAAGUUGAAGUGUUGCGUCCUCACACCAAAUACCUCGAUCGCAGUCUGUAUCCCUUGAUGCGAGCCCUCAACAGUUUUAAUCGCCGGGCGUGCUUCUUGUGCGGUCAGCGUGCCUAUCAUUUUAUUGUGGAGCAGUCGACACGCCAGCUCUACGACCCCUCAUACCUAUGUCGUAGUUGUUUCUACAGUUUUCACUAUGUGGAUGGCAAAAAAGUAGGAAAAUUCAAGGCAUAUCGCUUGUACGAUCACACAGGAGAAAGAGAUGCUGAUGAGUCCGAAAGCCAGGAUAAUAGCACCGGCAGCGAUAAUAGUUUUGAAUUAGAGGAGGCAACUUAA